CAGAUCACCGUAUUGGUCGCUGGGACGGAGCGAAGGCAUAAUCAUGCGUUUGGCUGGUCCGUGUGUGGGAUGCUGUACAAGUCCGCUGCGUAAAAGUGGACAGGUGUAGCGCGCCGUGUUGAGUGGGGGAUAAAAAGAAAAACGCCAAAACACUGUGAUAUUACCUGAUUUGUGAGCCACUGCUGCGCUCUGUAUCUGCAGCCGUGGAGCCCCCCCCCCCGCUGUAAUAUUUAUGACAAAACGGAGGCAAAUUAUUCUGGUCACGUUUUUGGCUGACAGCCGGCUGUCCUGGAGAGCGCUGGAGUGAACCGGGGUCCAGUGUUGGAGAUAGCGCACCGACACCUGCAGUAGGAUGUAAAGGGAAUUCCCACUCACCAAACUGGUCAGACCUCUGUCUCUCAUUAUGGUGUGAUAGUACAGAUGCCUGCAGUGAUGCUCUUCCCUCUUGGCCAAUGACGUCCUGUCUGCAGGAGAUGAAUGAAUCAACCACAGAUCUGGCCAUCAUCCUCAUCACUGCCUCGUUUGAGCCAGAGGAAAAGGAAAGACAGAGCAUGGUCUGGUGUGGUCGCCACUGUUGCUAUGCGUGAAGGAGUGCUGUGUCGUCAAUGGAGACCGAAGGCUAUCGUGGCCUCCUGGAGACCAGCGAUGGUCAGGGGGUAGGCCUGCUGGAAGGAGGGGGCGAGGUGGGCUGGAGCACGCCCUACCCUCUGGGCUUCCAGGUGUCUUUGACCACUGUGCUGAUACUGGAGCUGGUGUUGGGCUUCAGCAGCAACCUGACUGUACUUGUGCUCUACUGUGCUCAGUCCAACCUGGUGGAUUCAGUCAGCAACCUGGUCACAGUUAACCUCCACGUGCUGGACGUAUUGGUCUGUGUGCUGUGUGUGCCACUGACUGUGGCUGUGAUCCUGUUACCAGCUAAUGGAAGUGGAGUCGGCAGCCUGGCCACGCUGUGCUGCUUUCAUGAGGCCUGUGUCACAUUCACCAGUGUGGCCACAGCAGUCAAUGUGCUGGUGAUCAGCUUGGAUCGAUACGACAUCUCAGUGCGUCCAGCCAGUCGUCUGCUGACCCCCAGGCGUGCAGCACUGCUCCUGGCAGCAGUGUGGGCUGUGUCUCUGGCUGUCUUCUUCCUGCCAUUCCUUGAGGGGGACUUCUUCUCUUUGAGGGCUGAGGACGGUGAGGAUGAGGAGCAGGAAGGGCACAACCAUGACUCUGAGCUCACCACUGGACUGACCCCCAUUUCUUCUUCUGUCUCUCCUUCCUCUUUACCUUCAACUCAUCCUUCCUCCCCUUCAAACCACCUGCCUCCAGUAUGGCAGAACAGGACACUGCUAUGUGUAGGAGGGCAGGGGUAUUACACAGGCCUGGCUAUGUAUUACCACUUGUUACUUCAAGUGCCAUGCUUCUUCAUCGCUGUGGCCGUCAUGUUGUUCACCUACUCCAGGAUCCUACAGGCCCUCAACAUUCGCAUUGGCUCCCACAUGAUGAGGGGUACACAUGCAAAGGACUCCGGCUGCAGGAUACGCUGCAGGAGGCAGAGGAGGAAGGAACUGAGCCUGCCCACAGAGGUAGUGUCCUCCAACCAGAACCAGAACCUCACCCACCCCCCUCUCAUCCCCUCCCCCACCCCUACACCAACAUCACCCCCACCACUCUCCUCCAUGCCCCAGGGGAUGUCUGACAGUGGAGCAACAGUCACUACUGUCAGUACUGCUGCCACCACCCCCGUCGCCACCACACCGGCCACCCCUGCUUCUCCGACCCCAGCUUCAGCCUCAACCCAGACCCACGCCACCUCACCUCUGCCUGCCUCCUCCAUGGGUGUACAGGCCUCGGUUUCUGCCAUCAUCGCCUUGAGGCGGGCAGUGCGCAGGCACAGGGACCGCAGAGAACGUCAACGUCGCGUCCUAAAAAUGUCCCUAAUCAUCAUAUCCACCUUCCUGGGCUGCUGGGCCCCUCUGUCUGCAGUCAAUGUACUGAUCCUGUGUCUGGGUCCCAGCGAUGGCCUGGUGCGGCUGCGCCUCUGCUUCUUGGCGAUGGCUUAUGGAACCACUAUUUUUCAUCCUCUGCUCUACGCUUUCACCAGGCAGAAGCUGCGCCGUGCUCUCAAAACACGUGUCAAGAAAAGGGUAGUGUCCCUUCUGCAGGUGGACCCAGCUCCCAGCGGGGGGACAGUUAUUCAUAACUCCUGGGUGGAAGGGGGAGGCCAGAGGAAGAGUCGCAAGCCACGGGUGGAGGCCAGUGAUGGCACUGAUCGAUGCCUCACAGAGGCAGUGAGGGAAUGAGGCUAGUCUUCAGUGUGUUUGCAUGUAUGAGUGUGUGUGUGAAUUGGAAGAAUUGUAUGUAUUUUACCAAUUUGCUAGAAAUGGAUUGCGUGUAUAUUUGUGCAUGUGUGUGAGAAAAAUGAGAACCAGUUAGUUUACAAAGAUUAGGACAAAUCCCAUGACCUUUGGUCCCAUGUAGAUGUGGAAACAGGUGAGUCGUGAGCUCUAAUUAGAGUCUGCUUUCUGCUGUGCCUACACAGGCCCUCAUAAGUUCACUUUCUGAUUGAGAAGGUGGCCGCUGUGUCUCUAUGGCAACACUGGCCAAGCAUUAUGACAACACCAUAGUCAUGGCUACUGAAAAUGUACACCACACGAGUAGGGUAAUGGUUAGAUAACAGCAAAUGUAUACGUUAUUCCUCCUGUGUGCACUUUCAACUUGCAUGUGCAUGUACAUAUGCACACAUAGACACACACACACACCCAGUUAAUGCACACUGAUCUAUAUUUAGUCAUUAUCUGUGAAAGCACACCAAUAUCUACCUGCACAGAUAUUCUCAGUGAGAAAAAUAUUAAUGGAAGUCUAUAUUUCUUUUUCUUUCUCUUAUUUUUUCAUGCCUUAAUUGAGUUAUUAAUAUAUUCUCAUGGUGCUGAAUGUCCUGCUGUAUGUUUACAACAAUGUAUCAGAGCGACAGUGUUUGCACAUAUUGUAUAUGGUAUAGCAAAUUAACGGCGGGUAAAUGCAAGCAUUCAGAUUCAAAGUUUACAGGCUCAUAUGAAAAUACCAGGAAAACUGCAAAAAAAACAAACGAUUCCAAUUUAAUUUCCAGUAAGCACCAUAUUUCAUAUGUGUGCAAGUUAAAGCUAAAAGGCAUGACUUUAUUUUUUAUAUAUAAAAUAAACUUUAAGAGUAACAGUCAUGAUGAUGCAGGCGAGGAUGUGUGAUUGUGUUUGUAUGUUUGCAUGUGUGCAUGUAUGCGUAAACGAAUAAACAAGCGUGUGUGUCCAUGAUUAUGUGCAAUAAAUCAUGAGAAAGCAAUGACCCCUAGGAUGUGAACAAAUAGAAUGUGAACACAGAAUUGUUGGCUUUCUAUGUAUGGUUUAGAUAAAAGGGGGAAGAGAGACGAAAGGGGAUUAAAUUUUCUGAUUAACAACAGAAGGCCACUGGGCAUCAAAUAAAAAUACAUGGAGCAAUUGUAACUACACAGGCCACGGUAAUACUACUGAAAUUCUAUCAUUUCAGUUUUAAAGUGGAAAUCAAAGGGCAACAUUUUGUGAAAACUUCAUUAAAACUGUCUCUGUAGUCACUGCAGGUAAACUAGCAUCUUAAACCAGAGAAAUCCCAACUUCUGACAUGGGACAUCUCCUCGUGUUAGCUGUUUGUUGCUCUGGAGGGCAGAGUCACUGCUCUUGGACAGCACUUGACUUGACUUGAAUGACUGCAGAGGCAGACAGGCCUCCGUCAGCUUCUGGACUGAGUCCUGGACAUCUCUUUCUCCUCAGGGCUUCUUGUCUCAUUCCCAAACGUGUUGGACAUAAAACAGUAAACCAGCCCUCAAUCAGCUGUUAUAUUAUGGGUGUUACAGUAGGUAAAGAUUUAUGUCAGUAAGUAGGUAGAGUACACUUUAAACUUUGUAUGGGCUCAAAUCUUGGAGAGCUUCUUGGGCUUUGGGCUAUCUCCUUCAUCCUCACCCCUUUUACACUAUUUGUGAGCCAGACAGAAGACAAUAAUUCUUGUGUAUUCAUGUACAUUUUUCAGGGAUGUAAAUACUGAAGUGUCUGUUUUGGGUUUUAGUCAAAAGUAUAGUUUUUCUUUUGGUCACAAUCAUCUGCCGGACAGAAAAUCAGCCAUUGUGAUAAACUCUGAGCGAGUUGGACAGUUACUGUAAAGAGAAUUAAGUGUAUUUGUGUUAAUAUUGUAUGUGUGUACACUGUACUGUACAUUUAUGACCAUGUGUAUAGAGAAAUAUUAGUAUUGUAUAAGAUUUAUAUUAUGUGUUAUUAUAUAGAACAGAACAGAAUCUGUAUUAAAAAGGCGAUCUAUCUAAGAA